AUGGAUGCCAGCGGGGUCUCGCUCUGCUCCCGCCGGGCCGCUCCCGUCCCGGGCUCGUCCUUCUGCCUCAGCACGUUCGGCCAGCUGAAGCUGUCCAUCGAGGCGCGGGGCCGGGCGCUGGCGCUGCACGUCAUGGAAGCCAAAGCUCUGAUGGGAGCAGAGUGCCGUGUGUGCAACUCCUAUGUGAAGAUGUCCAUUGUGCCAGAUGCUGGCUGCAAGUGCAGGCAGAAGACGAAGACAGUGCCAGACAGCAAAAACCCUGUGUUCCAUGAGCACUUUGUGUUCCCCGUGAAGGAGGAGGAUGAGCAGAAGCGGCUCCUGGUCACAGUCUGGAACAGAGAGAGCAAUUCCAGGCAGAGUGAACUCAUUGGCUGCAUGAGCUUUGGUGUGAAGUCCCUCCUGUCCCUGGAGAAGGAGAUCAGUGGCUGGUAUUAUCUCCUCGGGGAGGACCUGGGCAGGACCAAGCACCUGAAGGUGGCCAUGAGGAGGCUGAAGCAGAGCUCAGUGCCUGUCCCAGGUGUGCCUGGGGGCAUGGAUGAUCACAGCCAGUGGCUGCUCUCCCACCUGACAGGUGUCUCCCUGCAGAUCACCAUCCCUCGGGGCACUGACGGCUUUGGCUUCACCAUCUGCUGCGAUGCCCCAGUCCGUGUGCAGGCUGUGGACUCUGGUGGCCCAGCAGAGAAGGCAGGGCUGCAGCAGCUGGACACGGUGCUGCAGCUGAACGAGCAGCCUGUGGAGCACUGGAAAUGUGUGGAGCUGGCACAUGAAAUCCGGAACUGUCCCUCGGAGAUCAUCCUGCUGGUGUGGAGGCUGGUGCCGCAGGUGAAGCCGGCCCACGAGGCCAUGCCCCGCCGCUCCUCCUGCAAAUCCGCCUACGACCUGCAGUCCCCGCCGCAGAAGCGGGAGAAGAGCGGCCCCGCGCAGGCCGAGCAGCGCCGCAGCUGCCACAUCCUGUACGAUGGCACCGAGGGGCUGGGGCUGCACACCUGGGACAGGUACACGGAGCUGGGCAAGCGGGGCCCGAACACCCUGCCCGCCCUGUCCCGGGUGCCCUCGGCUGCCGACCAGAACUACAUCAUCCUGGCGCCGCUGAACCCCGGCAGCCAGCUGCUGAGGCCCGUGUACCAGGAGGACAGCACCGCUGUGGGGAAUGGCUCCAAAGGGAAAUCCCACACGGGCUCUGGGAGGAAAUCCAGGCUGAUGAAGACUGUGCAGAGCAUGAAGAGCUCUGGGAACUACCAGAACUGCACCAUCGUGAGGCCUCACAUCCCCCAUUCCUACGGCACCUACGUGACCCUGGCCCCCAAAGUGCUGGUGUUCCCCAUCUUUGUGCAGCCCCUGGAUCUUUGCAACCCAGCCCGGACUCUGCUGCUGUCGGAGGAGCUGCUCCUUCUCGAGAGCAGGAACAGAACCACACAGGUGACUCUCUUUGUCUACUCCGACCUGCUGCUCUUCACCAAGGAGGACGAGCCCGGGCGCUGCAACGUGCUGAGGAACCCUCUGUACCUGCACAGUGUCAAGCUCCAGGAGGGUUCAGAAGAUCGCAAGUUCUGCAUCCUUUACCUGGCAGAGAAGUCGGAGUGCUUAUUAAGUUUGGAGGCUUACUCCCAGGAGCAGAAGAAGAGGAUCUGCUGGUGUCUGGCUGAGAACAUCACCAAGCAGCAACAUCCGGCAGCGGCUCCUACGGAGAGCAAGAUGCUGGAGACGGACGCCGAGAAGCCGGGGCAGAUGCCCUCGGAGGAUGGGAAGGCAGCAGUGGGUGAUGCCCCUCUGGCCGCCAAGGCAGCGGCUCUGGCCGAGCCCUGGGACGCUCUGGGCGCCCCCCAGGCUCCUCUCCCGGCGGAGAAGCAGCCGGUGGCCACGGCAAAGGGAGAGGAGCAGCCCGGCCCCCUGCCCGCCUUUGUGAUCCCCGAGCUGCGGCUGGACAGCACCUUCAGCCAGAGCGCCGCGGGCACGGGCGGCGCCACGGACGGCGAGGACGAGGAGGAGGAUGAGGAGGAAGAUGAGGACGAGGAGGACGACGAGGAGGAGGAGGAGGACAGCGACGAGCAGUACCUGGAGAGGAACGAGCUGAAGCGCAGCAGCAUGAUCGAGACGGGCGGGCAGGCCGGCUACACCCUGAGCGUGCAGGGCUCGCUGCGGCGCCGCACGCACAGCGAGGGCAGCCUCCUGCAGGAGAGCAAGGGCCACUGCUUCACCUCCGACACCACCCUGCACUGCCCCGACAGCCAGGGCACCGCCGCUCGCUGGGCCCUGCCCUCCCCCAGGACCCUCAAGAAGGAGCUGGUCAAGAACGGCGGCUCCAUCCACCAGCUGACCAUGCUCUUCUCGGGCCACAGGAAGCUGAGUGGAGCAGACCCCGAGUGCAGCUGUGACGAAGGGGACGAGACCUCCCGCAAGAAGCGCAGCAAGAGCCUAGCCAAGGACAUGAAGAACCGCCUGGGGAUUUUUCGGCGGCGGAACGAGUCCCCCGGAGCCAACCCCUCCGGCAAGCUGGACAAAGUGCUCAAAUCGCUCAAGCCCACUCCCGAGGAAGCACUCAAAUGGGGGGAUUCCCUGGAGAAGCUGCUGCUGCACAAAUACGGGCUCGCUGCCUUCAGGGCCUUCCUGCGCACCGAGUUCAGCGAGGAGAACCUGGAGUUCUGGCUGGCCUGUGAGGAGUUCAAGAAGAUCAAAUCCCAGUCCAAGAUGGUGUCCAAGGCCAAGAAGAUCUUUGCUGAGUACAUUGCCAUCCAGUCCUGCAAGGAGGUCAACCUGGACUCCUACACACGGGAGCACACCAAGGAGAACCUGCAGAACAUCACCCGCAGCUGCUUCGACCUGGCACAGAAGAGGAUUUACGGGCUCAUGGAGAAGGACUCGUACCCCCGCUUCCUCCGCUCCGACCUCUACUUGGACAUAAUCAACCAGAAGAAGGGCAGCUCCCCGCUGUAGGCCCAAGGACUGUCUGGGGCAAGCUGGGAGCUGUGUGUUUACAUGGAAUUGGGCAGUGGAGGCCUUCCCAGGAGCUGGUGGGAGCUCGCUGUGCUGCUCGUGCCCCAGGCCGUACGGACAGGGGGCAGCUGAAGGAACUGAGCCGGGCAGGCUGGCACUGCUGCAGCCCCACCAUCGCUGGUACGACGCCUUCGGGGUGGCCCCGGCGUGGAUUUAGCCUGGAGGGAAGCUCCCACAAGAUACUGUGAAGCACCUGCCCCAGCCAGGAGCGUUGCUGGAAGGUGGAGAGCGAGCCCAGCUCGGCAAGGAGGGGAUCUCGUGCAGGGCUCUGGCGAGGGGACAGCAGCACCGACACAGAUGUGGUCCUGGAUUAAAGCCUUGUGAACUGGAGCAGCCCCAGGAUGCUGCUGUGCUUCCCUGUGGGCCUCCUCCUUCCCUCCUGGGGCCUCUGGCAGGAGCCCGGCGCUUCCUUGGCUCGUAGUGGGUCCCCCUGGAGCAGCGAGAGCCGGGCCCUUGCCCUGUGCUGGAGGGUGCCAAGCACCCCCUCCUGCCCUCACCCCUGGUUUAUUUAUUGCCCUCCUGUAGCUGGACACGUUGCUGUGUGCUAGGAAAGCCCCGUGUCCUCCCCGUCCCCACGUUACAAGUGCAAUAUUUGUUUGUGUCGCGGCCGAGUCUCCGGCGGAGUGGAUGCCUUUUUCUUUUUGCAGGUGUGUAGAUUUUGUAAGGUAGCAGGUUGUGUGUGCCAGACCCAUUCCCUGGCAGCGGGCCGCUGGGGGAGCCUGGUGUAAAUAUCAAUUACUGAUGCCCUGACGACGGAGGGUUUGGUGGUGGAGAAAAGCAGAAAAGCAGCUCUGAGCAGCAGCCGCUCUCCUGACUCUGGAUAACAAUGCUGUGUUGGGAAGCAGGGGUUCCUGCUGGCCCUGGCAGGGCAGGGUGCACUGCCUGCCUCCCAGUUUACAGUGCAAAGCAUCUCUGCAGCUAGAAACAAACCUACAUUGUCAUGGUCAUAGGUAAAUAAAAGGAGAAUAUCA